ACAAAUUUCCUUUUAGUUUCUAUAAUGAAACAUACAAUCGUUAACGUAUUCUAUCUUUUUUUUUCUCCAAUAAAGAGAUAAAUAAAUGAUAAAUAAUAUCGUGACAAAAAUCUCGUUUUCUGAGAGAAGGAACGAUCGAGUAAAACUUGAACGAUCCUAUAUACAUAUACGUUGGCAGGGAACGCUAUAAUACAAUCGCAUUACGCACGCGCGCAACCCUUACGAUUCCAAAGCGGAUAAAGUGGCUGUUGGUAUGGCGGGAGUGUCAGUCGCUAUGCGCUUAUACAUCAACGAAACGAUCGUAACUCCACGCGAUCUCUCGUAGAAUGGACAUAAGCUCUUUGAUACCAGCUGGACUUCAAAGCGGACAGACUAACUUGCCGGAUAUUCCGUUACCCGGUUAUAACAAGUUUUCCGAAAAUUUGCGAAAGUUUACGCCGCAAGCGAUACAGUGUGCCAUUUUUUGCGGUGGAUCCAGAUGCAAGUAUGAAAAUCCAAAAGCAUGGCCACCGGUUCACAUGGCGAUACAAAACGUCUUUUCGCACUGGGUGACAGACGAUGUUUUAGCCAUGGCACGACCAAAUACAGGACAAAUAAUAAAGGAAAACAUAAUUGGCCAAUUUCAGAAAUGGAGUAUAAAAACCAUAAUAAACUUGCAAACACCGGGUGAACAUGCAAGUUGCGGGGGACCUCUCGAAAAGAGUGGCUUCACAUACGAUCCUAAUAUUUUUAUGAAGAACAAGAUUUAUUAUUACAAUUUUGCUAUGAAGGAUUAUGGCGAAGCGACGAUGGCAAAACUUUUGGAUAUGGUCAAGGUCGUAGCCUUUGCCGUGCAAGAAGGAAGAGUGGCGAUUCACUGUCAUGCUGGUUUAGGUAGAACAGGUGUUCUGAUCGCAUGUUACCUGAUUUAUAAUCUACGAGUGAGAGCAAACGACGCUAUAAGAUUCGUUCGCAUGAAGCGACCGUGUGCGAUUCAGACACGAGGACAAAUAAUUUGUGUUCAGGAAUUUGAACAUUUCGUGUUACCACAAAUGAUAGUUUAUCCAUUGAACAGCACAAUCGGCGAUAGAAAAGCAUGUAGUCUUCAAUCGUAUCUAAAACGACAGUAUAAUGUAUUGCAUGGUUACGAGCAACGUACUUUUAAACAUAUACCAAAGAUCGUCUUCACUAUCUGCGAACGUAUUCUACAGCUUUGCGAUUGUCAAGAAGAUAAUUCGCCAUGCGAGAUCGAGUACAAAGUUUCGAGUAUACCGUUUACACGAAAAUUUAUUUCAUAUUUAUUAGAAAAGUUACGAGAGAACGGAGGAAACAUAAGGCAUUCUUACUCCUGGACCGAAUCUCUUGCCGACUCAUCGCUCGAUUAUUCGGCUUCUACGAAAGUUAGAGCAGGUAGCAGCGUAGAAACGUCGCGAGAUACGAUAGAUGAUAUUGAAAGAUUGAGCGACGUAUUUUGCACGUCGCCCGACACUCCUUCUUGCGAUUCAGCUUAUACGGGUUUGGACGACAAUUGUGUCGAUGAUGUUUUAGCUGAUGGUAUUCACGGGCAAGAUCUUAUUGAUAAUGAUUGUUACAAAGAGAUACAAUCACAAAUUGAUCUAAAGGUUGCCGCGAGUAAUGAAAUAUUUCGAAAGAUUAAUAUCGAGGAGGUUGUUAAAGCGUUGAUUAAAGAUUCUACAUGUUUAUGCGAUAAAAUGAAAAAAUUUUUACAACAAUAUCAGAUGGAUUUGAAUAAUCGUUGUACAGCAUGGCAACGUUUGGAACUCGAAACUGAUCUCGAUGUUUUAUUUGGUCUUUUAUUCGAAUGGUUAGAGACGACAUUGAAACAUCCUAUUCUCGAUAUGGAUAGUCUGAGUUAUAUCGUCGUUUGGAGUUCGAAACCAGAACGAUGUUUCGAAAAGAUACCUAGUUCUAAUAGAUAUCUUUUGGAAUAUCUUUUAAGAUUCGUUUCUCGUUUGAGACCAAUGACUGGUGAAAGUCAAUGUCUCGUAACGAGAAGAUUCGUCGCUUCUAUGACGCAACAAACUGUUUGGAUGAAGAAUUCUUUUCGACCUUCGAAUAAGAAUUUUCCGAAGCUACGACGUGGCACGGCUGGCAAGAUAAAUGAAUUUUUUAUACGAGCGAUGAGCUUGAUAGAAGAAAUUAAUACUCAAGAAAUGAGUAGACCAACGUGGAUGUCGAGAUGGGACCUAGUAUCGAGACAAUUAAAUAAAUUGGAUGAAAGGGAAAAAGAGAAAUGAUAAAGAAAUUAAGGCUUGUAAAUGUGACUUUAAUGACAGUGUGUUUCUCUAAGAAAAUUAAUCAAGAAUUUUACUGUUAUUUAAUCUGCUUAUCUAUCGACGUAUGAUUACCAAUGUAAAAUAUUUAGAUCUCUAUAUGCUGCGAUUAAUAUCGACCCAGAUCUAACCACGUGGAGGUUGCUACAUGCGGAGAUCUAUGGGCUAACGGUGAUUCUACAUUUUUAUACUACUGCUACUAUUACUAUUAUUGAAAAAUCAAAG